AUGUUACGGCAGUGGAAAAUGCAAUCUCAUGUUGACUCAUUAGACCACAUGACCGUCGAGUUUCCUACAAUAACCGAAAAACCACAACGACAGCCAAUUCUUAAAUCAAGAAUCCGCUUUAUUGAUCCAUCCGAGGCGGCAUCAAUGAAAUCUCGCCCUUUUGAUGAAGAAGCUCUUGGAACUGCUCAGCAUAGGCGUUACAAUCAUCUCUUUCCGGACUCACCUUUCUUUCUCUCGGACUCAUCCCACCCAGUUCCACUUGAGGGGCACUAUUCAAAUCAGUCAGCUUUGCGACACGCUAAUCUUACUUCUAUGACAAAGUCAGUUCCUUAA